CCAAACUCUGCACUUUCAUCUUCUUUUCCAUAUCCGAAACACGUGCCAAGUUCAGCUGCCACUGGCUCAUCUUCUUUCCCGUUUUGCUUUAUAAAACAACCGUUGUGAAUUAUCCAUUUCCCAAGGAGUUGAUAAAUCCUCAGAUUUCUCGGACCACAACGAUCGAAGCCUUGCCAAAAAGCCACAGACUUUUACAGUUUUAGAGGCACCCUCUGGCAUCCAUGGCUUUAGCCAUUGCCUCCACUGCAUUUUCAAGCCUCCCAACAAGGGAACCGCAUCAACGAUUUUUCCCGAGAAAACUCUCGACUUGCUCACCUGCAGGGAGGGGUUCCAGUGCGAUUAACGCAACAAAAGGUGUGUCAAGUGUAUGUGAACCACUUCCUCCGGAUAGGCCUUUAUGGUUCCCAGGGAGUUCACCACCCGAGUGGCUUGAUGGCAGUCUUCCUGGCGAUUUUGGCUUCGACCCCCUUGGAUUGGGGUCUGAUCCAGAGUUACUUAAAUGGUUUGCACAAGCUGAGCUGAUGCAUGGCAGGUGGGCAAUGCUUGCAGUGGCUGGAAUUCUGAUUCCAGAAUUUCUUGAAAGAUUAGGUUACAUCGACAACUUCUCAUGGUACGAUGCUGGUACUCGAGAGUACUUUGCAGACCAAACAACCUUAUUUGUAGUGCAAUUAAUCUUGAUGGGUUGGGUGGAGGGCAGAAGAUGGGCAGAUAUGAUAAAUCCAGGGAGUGUUGACAUUGAGCCUAAAGUUCCACACAAGAAAAACCCAAAGCCAGAUGUUGGCUACCCAGGUGGGCUAUGGUUUGACCCCAUGAUGUGGGGGAGAGGGUCCCCUGAGCCCGUGAUGGUGUUGAGGACUAAGGAAAUCAAGAACGGGAGGCUUGCUAUGCUUGCUUUUGUGGGGUUCUGGUUCCAAGCCAUUUACACAGGAGAGGGCCCCAUUGAGAACUUGCUGGCUCACAUUGCAGAUCCUGGUCACUGCAACAUCUUUUCGGCUUUCACAUCACAUUAGAGUUGAGAAUUUGAGAAUCGGUUUGUGAAAGACAUAUAUACAAAAUUGGUAGCAUCAAACAGCCAAAAGCAUGCAUGCAGUUUCUCUUUUAUUCCUGAUCUCAGCUGUUACUGGUUUCCAGAAGCGAGCAAUUGUAUAUAUCAACAAACCAAGAGUCAUCGAUCUGAACCGUGAUUUGUUUUGUUGCAAAUGAUGAUGCUAUAACAAAAUUGAUUUAUUAUA